UUGCUAGCAAAUGGGGCGGGAAAGGCGUCAGCGUCGUUUCCCAGUUUAGUUCUGCUUUUUAGAGCUGUUUGAAUCAUUUCCGCUCUGGUUUCGGACGUUAAUUUUAAAGUAAUUGAAACUUUUAUCGCCGAAAAUCGCCGUGAUGUCUAACAACAACGCACACAGUAACCUUAUCAUCGCCCAAAGGACCGUAAAGCAGCUCCGGGUGGAGGCAAACGUCCGGAGGAUCAAGGUGUCCCAGGCCUGUGCGGAUCUCAAAAACUUCUGUUUGCAAAACGCCUCCCGGGAUCCUCUCCUGAUGGGGGUCCCUUCCAGUGAUAAUCCCUUCAGACCCCCAAAGUCCUGCUCCCUGUUCUGAGGAGGCGGAACAUGAAGAAAAUCUGGAUUGGUUCAUCAUGUCCUCCCUUUUUCUUCUGGUGGUUGUAGGUUCCUGAGGAGCUGCUGGUGGGGGGUCUACUUGUUUGCCAAAACUAAGGUAUCAUGAGUCCCGUCUGUUCCCCAGAACCAGAGUUCUGGAGCAGACGGUGGGGUCAACGCUAACUGUUGUAAUGAUUAAGCUGCUUUAACCUUCAGCUGGAGGAAUAAUCUUAACAUGAAAACACAUUUGUAUAAAACACUACUGCUGCACAUGUGCACACCGCUGUUUGAAGCCAACUGGUUCAUGUUUCUGAGAUGUUUGUGGAGGACGAUGCGGUACAGACUAACUGUAACGUGAUGAAAACACAUGAAGGCCUUAUUCUAUUUAGGUAGUUAUAUAUAUAUGUAUGUACACGUUUAUGCCAUGCUAUUGCACAAAUGUUUGCUCUUAAAUUCCAAUAAUAAUGUUUAAUAAAUGAUACCUAUCUCUUCAGCUGGGUGUAAAUUCCAGUUAUGACUCGUUCAACAGCUGACUGGAUUUUCAGUAUUUUUCCUGAAAGGCGGUCAAAUAAUUAUUUUUGGUUAAUUAUUAUUUUGAUUUCAGGCCAAGAAUUUGAUCUGUGAUAGAAAAUCUGGUUAAAUGCUAUAAUGUGGUUUUAUGCCUCCUGUGUUAAUGUCCAACGCCGUCAAAACUGAUUAUUGAUCAAUGCAACAUGUUUGUUUGUUUGAAUAAUAAAACCAACAGUGGCAACAA